AUGACGUGGGGAAAAUACCGCCGCAGUAGUAGCAGAAGUAGCCUUGGUGGAUGUACCGGUACAAGGGCUCCUAUAACCGCUACUGGUGCUGCUGUACAUGUACCUGCUGCUAUUGCCGGCACGCAUCAAGCCUCGAAUAGCGGGCAUGGGCCUGUUGGCGAUGUGGCCGCUGUUUCUGCUUCUGCUGCUGCUGCUGCUGCUGCUGCUUACUGCGUACCUAGGUAUGCUUCUGCUUGCCCGUGA